AUGGCAACGGCGCUCUGCGGUCGGACACGGUUCCAGGACAUGACAUUGUUUUGGAUCUCCUGUUUUUUGGAGCCCGAUGGCAACCGGCGCCAGAGCCCGUUGUGGUGCACGGCCCUGUCGGUGGCCCACAGCGACGACUGGGCCCGCUUCGCUCGCACGCUGGUGGAGAUCCGCGCCAACCGGGCAGACGGCGAGGAGGAGGGGCCUAUGGAGCUGGCUUCAUAG